AUGGCUGACACGUCAGUGGUUUACCCUGUAAUACGAUUGAUCGCUGUGCAGCUUCCUGCCUUGGUCGUUGCAGCAAGCAUCCUAUACGUCGCGGCAAUAUGCAUCUAUCGAGUUUAUUUCCACCCGUUCGCCCAUAUUCCCGGUCCGUUUUUUGCGAAACUGACGGACGGAUACGGGUUGUAUCACUCCUGGCUAAAGAACACACAUCUCACAAUCCAUCGUCUACAUGAAGAGUAUGGCACCAUUGUCCGAUACGGGCCCAGCAAGAUCCUUGUCAACGACGUUGAUGGCAUGCGAGAGAUCUAUGGCUACUACGCGAAUUUCGCCAAGGGUAGCGCUUAUGAAGUGUUGCGAUUCAACCCGGUUCACAGUGUCUUCAAUGCCACUGAUAAAAAGAUGCAUCGACGAAAGAGAAGGCUUGUGGGCCAGGGAUUUUCGGACAGCGCAUUGAGAGCGAGUGAAAGUUGCAUUCUGGAACAUAUGGACAAUUUUGUCAACGCUUUUCUUAAAUCGGAUGAUAGGUCCAAUACGAGAACAGAGUGGUCGACGGCAAAGGAUAUUUCCGUACUCUCUAGCUACUUGUCCCUCGACUUGAUCACCGAUCUGGUGUUUGGCAAAUCCACCAGCACCCUGACCAAGCCCGAAAACCGACAAUUCAGAUCCCUUCUAGUGACUACUGGUUACCGCAUGACCAUGGCUUUCCAGAUGCCCUCUGCUUUCCGCGCUGGCAAAUCUGGACACUGGUUAGACCUGGGGACGUGGACACUACACAAUGUAGAUAAACUGCGCGCCCAAUGGGCUGCCAUGCUGCGAGGAUGGGCCAUGGACCGAAUCCAAGCGGAAAAGACGCGGGCAGAAGCUUCGGAACCUGACCGGAGGGACAUGAUGUCGACAAUCAUCAAUGCCACAGAUCCGGAUACCGGCGAAAAACUCGACGCGGCAGAAAUUGGUGCAGAGGCCUUCACAUUGAUCACGGCUGGCGGGGAUACCACAUCCGUGGGUAUUUCGGCCACGUUUUUUUAUUUGUCUCGUAGCCCUGCUGCGUACGAACGAUUGGUUAGCGAGAUACGCACUCAGUUCCGGUCAGUAGAUGAUAUUCGCAUUGGAAGCACGCUUAGUUCCUGUCACUACCUCCGUGGUUGUAUCGAUGAAGCAAUGCGGUUAUCUCCUCCGGUAUGUGUACCCUUGUAUCGCGAAGCUGGACUAGGCGGCGCCACGGUGCGUGGUAUCUUCGUUCCAGAGGGUUGUGUCGCAGCCACACAUGCAUACGCUAUACAUCAUAACGAAAAAUACUUUCCAGACGCCUACUCGUACCGUCCAGAGCGAUGGCUCCCUCCGUCAAAACAAAACGGCAACGACGAAAUAUCAGUAACUCCUGAUGCCAAAUCUGCCUUUCUCCCUUUUAGUCACGGCCCUAGGAACUGCGCCGCGAUGAACAUGGCAUACCUGAAUCUUAGCCUGUCCGUGGCGCGUCUACUAUGGCUUGCUGAUUUCCGGAUUCCGUCGUAUCCGGGUCUUGGGUGUAUUGGGGGUGGGGAUCCGAAUAGUAAAGACCCGAUGCGCAGGAGGGAGGAUGAGUAUCAGUUGUAUGAUAUUUUUGCGUCGGAUAAGAAAGGGCCUAUGUUGGAAUUCAGGCGACGGGAUAUCUCUAUUUGA